CAUCAUCAUCACACACUCAGCUGCACAUCACCCGCUACACCACACGCGCUCUCACAGACACUCAACUGGCUAGCUAGCUAAGCUAACACGGUUUCCUCACUAUCUGGCGGUGGCUGUCGCUGUGUCCAGAAUCGUUAGCGUGUUGUUAUGUGCGGUCGUGAUUAUCGUUGAAAUAACGGAUUAUCUGGAUCUCUCCUCGGCUGACCGGGAGCCGCCAUGGAAUGCCGUGUUCUGUCCAUACAGAGCCAUGUAGUCCGGGGAUAUGUGGGCAAUAAGAGCGCCUCUUUCCCAUUACAGGUUUUAGGGUUUGAGGUGGACUCUAUCAACUCUGUCCAGUUCUCCAACCAUACAGGUUAUUCCCAUUGGAAGGGUCAGGUGUUGACAGCAGAUGAGCUCCAUGUCCUUUAUGAAGGAAUCAAACUGAACAACGUGCACCACUAUGACUAUGUUUUAACAGGGUAUACCAGAGACACAUCCUUUUUGGAGAUGGUAGUGGACAUUGUUCAGGAGUUAAAGAGAGCCAACCCCAACCUGGUGUAUGUGUGUGACCCUGUCCUCGGUGAUCACGGAUCUAUGUAUGUCCCUCAAAAUCUGUAUCCGGUCUACAAGAACAAGGUGGUUCCUGUUGCUGAUAUUAUAACUCCAAAUCAGUUUGAGGCUGAAUUAUUGACAGGGAAAAAUAUCAGCACAGAGAAAGAUGCUGUGGAGGUAAUGGACCUCCUCCAUGCCAUGGGUCCAGACACGGUGGUCAUCACCUCCUCUGAUCUGCCCUCCAGACUGGGAGACCGCUUCCUUGUGUCUCUGGGCAGUCAGCGCCAUGUUCGUCCAGACGGCAGCAGGACGACACAGAGAGUUCGAAUAGAAGUUCCCAAGGUGGACGCUGUGUUUGUUGGAACUGGAGAUUUGUUUGCUGCUAUGCUUCUAGCAUGGACACACCACUACCCCAACGAUCUAAAGACGGCCUGUGAGAAAACUUUUUCAGUGAUGCACCACGUCAUCCAGAGGACCAUAUCUUACGCUCACGAAUUGGCAGGUCCUGGUCGGAGGCCCAGUCCGCCCCAGCUGGAGCUGCGGAUGGUUCAAAGUAAAGCGGACAUAGAAGACCCUGCUAUAGUUACGGAGGCCACAGUCAUAUCCUAACAUUACCCACCCAUAAGACUCAUGCUAACCUCGUUUUCUCCACCCAUAAUCCUCUCAAAUCCUGUAUCGCGGUAAAUCUCUCAUCACUGUAAACCUUGAGCAUCAUUUCCAAACUUCAACACCCUCUCAUCCUGACCCCUUUAGUAUUGUAACCCCUUUAGUCCUUUUACCCUGAACACUUUAUCCCUUUAAGUCUUUAGUGUCCUGUCCCCUCCUUAAACCAAACCCAAGUCCUAUUUCCAGGACCCUGUUUUGGAAUCAGAGCCAUAGAUGGACAGAAUGUUUGUUCACAUUAGACUACAAUCGUCCUUUCUAACAGGAUAAUGAUCUGAUUACAUUUAUUCCCAAAUCCAGAACACGUAACUUUAUUCAUCAUAUGAAAUAUGUAAAAACAACAAAGUUAAUGGAAGGCAACCAAACCUCAAGUUUUUAUUCUGAUUGUAAAACUUUAAAACUGUUUAAUCCAAAUAUAGAAAAAUUCUAUUUCUUCAUUUUCUCCUUUGAAUAAUAUUAGAACAUGUCAAGUUUUAAGCUAUUGUUGUAUGACAUUUUAUCCCUUUAUUUAUUUAUUUUUUUACAUUUAAGAGGAAAACAAAGAAUGUCAUGAAGGCAAAACAAAAUAAGUAAAAUUAGCAGGGACACCCUUUGUCCUCCUACGACAAAGUUUGUGGUUGAAGGUAUAAUAUAUUGCAGAAAAAAUGGUUCAUGUUAUUUAUUUUGCCAACUAAUGAUAUCACAUUAUAUUAUAUAUAUUUCCAAAAAGUCUUUUGUAGUUUUUACCCUCAGCCACACUGGUCACAGGGUAUUGUCAUCAGUCGGUCAUCCGUCUGUCCAAAAACUUUGUCAUGCACUGUUAAGUCAGGUCACUGGGUGGGAGUAGUGUGCCUGAUAAGUCAGGCAGAGGGUUUUCAAGCGUGUGCACGCUAUCAUCUCGUUUAAUAUAGAAGCCCAUUUUAGUCUAUCAUAUGUCACUGGCAUCAUAUCACAUUUAUAGGGAAAUACCACAUAAAAUGUAAUUGAGACACACACAAAGUCACACAUAGUAAUGCAGAGAUAUUUUAGGCACUGUUUUUAUUAGUUGCAUAUGCUACUUUGCAUCAUAUGGGGAAGAGUAAUUAUACCAAUAUCAAUCUAUCAGCCAGUGUAUAUGGAGACAUAAUGUUAAUAGCUAACUUACCUUCAGGUAAGUCAAUUUAUGUACUUUUUAGUUGGCUCUAACAUUGCAUCAGCUCCCAACAAUGUCAUUAUAGUAAAAUAACUUAAGUAUAUGCCACAGCAUAACUGUAACAUAAUGCCUCUUGUUUAAAGCGCAUCAUGUCCCAAGAUCCACAAGGCAGAAAGUACAUUAGGUGUGGUUACUUUCACUAUUUACAGUGAAAGUAAUUAUGCUCACACAAAAAUAAUAAAAUGUGCAUAGCUUAAUAAUGUUUUAGUGCAGCAUUAUUUCAUUUAGUGAAUUGUAGAUCCAGCUACUUGUACUGAAUAGUAAUACGAUGUUAAAGCUGUUCAAUCAGAGUAAUUGCGUAAUGGAAAUAUUUGUUUUUCCAUCUGGAUCAAAACACUGCAGCAAAUUGCAUAAAUUGUUCAUAAGUGAACCAGAAUUCAUUAGCAGUUACAUUCAACCUCCUCAGACUUUACCAAUUUACACUUGCAGCCUUGUGGCCCAGCCUCCUGUUACUUUUUUUACUGCAGCCUAAUGUAGCUGCUACUGAAAAUACAAUAAGCAGACACUAUCUAUCUAUGGCUCUACCCCUACCACUAUUUCAACUCCCUUCCCGUUUAACAGCAGUGAUGUAAUGGUGACCAAGUCUACUCCCUGAGACCCCUUGAAAAUAUAACAAAGGAAAAAAAAAAAACGCACAAUGUAUAGUUGAUGUAUAGAUGUUGUACUAUAACUGUAUUGGACCAUCUGUAUGAUAUCUUCUAUCUGAUCUGUCUCUUGGACCAUUGUGUUGAUGCUACUGUACUAUAGACCACAUGCACUACAAUAUCACCCAAACUAGACACGUCUGGGCCGGUUCUGGCGCUCUGCAGGCUCCAGUCGUUGUCACCUGGUAGUUAUAGGUUAACUGUGUUAUAGUCUUAGUAUAGCUGAACCUCUUUCAUCUCAACAAAAACAAAGAAAAAAAAUAGACAACCUGAUCUGUCCAAGCCGUCUCUGGUCGAUUCUUCUAGCAAAUCGGCUGCUUCAGAGCCAGAACCGGACCACGUUAUGCCGGGUGGUUCCCGGCUCAACUCCGGCCCAGAACCCUAUAUCUGAGAGCUGUGCCACUGAAUUUCCUGGAGGCCUCGACAAGUGCUUAGAGAAAUGUAAAAUGAAAAAGCGGACCUAUAGUUUUUAUCAUCACAGGAUGUUUCUCCAUGUCCAGUAGCAGCUCUGUACUUGUUUGUUGAUGAAAAUGUGUUUUUGGUUUACUUCACACUCCACUGUGGACACAAUAACUCAAAUAAUACCAGAACCAAACAAUUCCUCCAUCUGUACAUCAAUCUGCUUAGAAUUCUUCCAUUUUAAUAAAGCAAGCUGUAUAACUGCUCUAACCUGCUAAGGUUUGCCAAAUAGAAAAAAAAAAAAAACAUCUGUAGAAGCGUCAGACAAAAUACUAAUGUUUCAAAUGUAGAAUUUAAUCGCAUUUUUCUAUCUGGCUGCCAGUGUGAAUAUUAUGAAGACCCUGUUGUCAUCAAGCAACUGAUUAGAUACAAAGAGACACAGAAUUUCAUGUAGUCUGUUUUUUUUUAGUGUAUUACCAUCACAUUCCAGCCUGUGGUAACUCUGUUUCUUUAAAAGAUAAAUAGUUACUUAAUCUUCAAAAUGCCUACAUAUAAAAAAAGUGUAUUGGACAAAAAGACUAUUAUUAAUGUUACUUUGUGACAGUUUUGGAUCUUUGGGUCUUAUUGCAUUGCACCGCCUGCUGGAAGCUCCAGGUGCUGUCCUGCCUGUGGUUGUUAUAACUACAUUGAUGCCAGUGAAGUACUAUUGAAAGUGUUUAUUUUUCUGACAUAUCAGAAUUGGAUCUCAUUUCCUCUGUUACAGUAACCCCAGCAAGGCCCUUCACUCUUGGUCAGUUUUUCUGUUUUGUUAUGGAUAAUAUUACUCAGACAGGUCGCUGCACUGACCAUAGAAUUACACCACUCAAGGUUCUUCUUGUUAAAAGAGACAAUUAAAACACAUCUUUUAAACUACGAGCAUCCUGAACAGUUCAUUAAAAAAGCAAUGGAAAAAGUUCCUUUAACAUAAAAUCACCUGUGACACCUAUGAAGGGUACUUUUCUUUUAGAGAAACAGAUGUUUUAACACUGGAUGUAAUUCUGAUCAUGGACACAGGCAUAUUUGGAGCUUUAAAGCAGUCACUGAAGUCAUCUGCAGUCAGCCUACAGCCUACAUGAGGUCAUGAAGAUCUUCUUUCUGCGUAUAAAUUCAGAAUUGCCAGAAAGGCUGAACACAGUGGAGUGUGACAGAACAGAUACGAGAUGUGAUGAAACGCGACAGUGGUCAUGAGCCGGUUUCAACCAAUGAUGUCGCAAGAACUCAGCAUGUGCCUUAGCCCGCUGAGCUACAUGGGCACCACAGGAAAUGAGAUUUUAAUGAGAUUUUAAAACUUUUAUGUUACCUCAGAGUCUCUGGAUAAAAUCUUGAUUUAAUGUUCAGUGAUCCUUUGGCACCAGGAAAUAAUAAAAAGCUGACUUUAUUUGGCAAAAACCAAAUAAAACAGAGGCCAAAAAAAAAAAAAAAGGAAAAAAAAAAUCCAAAUGUUGUCAGUGUCCCAUCUGGAUGUAAGGUUCUGGGCUCCCAGUGUAAUUCUGUACUGCUGUUGUUUCUCUAUGGACUGUACUGUGAUACUGCCUUAGGAACCUAACAUCACAACACCACAACACUGCUCACUGAGGGAAAGGUGGAGAGGAAGGAGGAGAGGGAAGGAAGGAAGGAAGGGAACAUGAGAUGUCUUAAAUGUGGAUACACAAAUUUCAUUGGACCCAAAUUGAGAAGGAAAUCAGAGCAUUAAAGCCCAUAAAAACAUUUAUAGGGCUACCGCUUAUUUUGAUUAUCAGUUACAAUUUUGGCCUAUAAAGUGAAAAUAUUCACACUGGCCACUUUUCUCCAACAAACAGUCCAAAAUCCAAAGAUGUGCAAUUUACAACAAUAAACUAGCUAAAAAGAGAAUUGCUUAAUAAAUAAUCCAAAAUAACUGAUUAUCAAUUUGUUUGAUAAUUGUCUGUUGAGUGAUUUACUAAUUGUUGUAGUGACCAAAACCUUCCUUUUUUUUUUUUUUUUUUUUUUUUUUUUUUACAUCUUGAAAAUAUGAACAAGAGUGUCAAAAUAAUGAGGAGAAAAAUACAGGUGUGUUUUUUGGAAUUGCAGUCCUUAACAUUGUUUUUCUCCUUUUGUAAAAGUCGAACUCUUCUGUGCCACUGUAGCAUUGAUUGUCAUAUCAGUAACAGACCGCUGUGUCUGUGCACUUGGCCAACCAGCUUUCAGUUCCGCUAUAUUCAACGUGUGCACUAUCCAAUCCUCUGCUUCCUGCUAACAGACCAGUCAGCUGUAUUAUCGGGUCAAAGUGCAUCUACCUUGUCGUGUCUGUGUUGUGAGUGAAUGAGUGCGUCUAUAAACGUCCUUUAUGGUCACAGGGUUUUUGUGUGUGUGUAUGUGUGUGGGCAUGUGACAUGACAGUUUAACUCCUUGAAAACUAAGUAAACUAAAGAGGAGGAGGGAUGUAUAUAUAAAAAAAAAAAAAAAGUAAAAAAGAUGCGGAAACAGCGUUUAGGAGGAGGGAAGGGAAGGUGAGGUACGUUCAAGAGGACAAUCAUAGUGACGUUACACAGUGUUGCACACACUAAAACAGAGGACAGUUUGAGUUCAGGGGCUGAAUCUUAGGCCUUGAUGCCUCACCUUCAUGUCCCCUCCUUCUCUUCCUCCCCCUCCACUCACCCACUGCCAUUUCUAUAGCCAUCCCUUAAAUCUGCCCUACUCACCCACCUCCCUGCAGUGCCAGUUUCGUGUUCAUAUUGGUAGCUUUUAGCCUCACCAUGCGUGUGUGUGUGUGUGUGUUUGAUGGUUAUACUGUACCCCGGUGUCCCUGUCUCUUAGCUACAUCCCCCCCCUUCAUUGUCCCUGUGCUGGUCACAACCCGCCUUUAUCUCCACUUGCUCGCUGCCUUGUCCAACUCUCCCCUGCGCUCUUGUGUCGAAAUAAAACGCUGCUGUAACCUAUCCGUGCUUUCAGUAUCUCCCCUGGCUUCUAACUGCUGCGGUUUGCUAGUUAAAACAUGCCACAUGCCCUGUACUAUUUGGACCCGGAUACAUCAGCUACUUGUAUAUCCCUAUCUAAGUUACAAGUAUCAAACUGAACCAGAACCACCAAAAAUGUCUGAGCUCUUCUAUGUAUAAAGAAUGUGUAGUUAUGGGUCUGAAGUAUAGACUGUGUAUAAAAGUGGACAGUUAAUGUUGCAUUGUUUGAGCUGCAACAGUACAAUCAGCUGGUGCACCCGGAUCCAGGUUUACCAAUGAACUAAUGAACAUGGCUGCCUUUUGGCCUGAUCACACAGCACAAGGCUUUAUGAUUUUACGUGUCAGUGCACUUGAGUGGUUUAGGGCUGGACCCGGAUACCCGAGUAUUCGGAUAUUCAUCUGCUGGGUAGGCACACCAUUUUGGGAUUUUGCGACUGGACCUCAACAGAAACAGCAAGGCGGUUCUUUUCUGUUUUCAGCAGAGCAGUAACAGUGUCAGGGCUUUGUUUCUCUGAUAUAAUUGACUGAUAUAAUUAUUAUAUAACAUGACGAGCAGAAGAGAAGUGUGGGGAUCCACGGGUUCUAGAUGUGGUAGUUUUUAUGCUGUUGUGUAUUUGUGCAUCCUGUACCGCAUUUGUCCAGCAGGCACUGCCAAAGUAUUCUGGCCAUAGCAACAUGAUUGUAAGGCUAUUGUAUUCUAAAAUUACUAAUAUCUCCCAAGAUAUUAGUCCUAUGUACUUGCAGUUUUUUCUAGUUUCUUCCUUGACCAAAAAUACAUAAGUAUGACAAAAUGCAGCAGUCAGCUCUUUCCGGAUUUUGUGUGAAUCCCCAGACACACACAUACACAUACACACACACACACACACACACACACACACACACACAGAGGCCACUUGGUUUUUAUAAUAUAGAUAAGUUGUAGAUACAGAAACAGAAAUUUUCUGGACACAUUCUUGAGAUACUACAAUUAACCUGAGCUCGUGCAACUCAUCUUUAGUUGACUUGUGCUGUUUUUUCACUCUUUAUUUUAAUAACCUUUCCUCUAUUGAAAGUAUUGUUAUAAUUUGCUGGGUUUCUUUAAAGUCCAUUCACUCCCAGAACCCUAAAGUUACUAAAUAACACGUAGAAUGAUUUGAAUGACAGAAAUGCUGGUAGUCUAUUGAAAUGUAUCUGAAUUUUUAAGAAAUGUUGUUCAACCCUGCAAAUGAUUUAUCUUAUUCUGAUUAAGAAUAUUAACAAUGAAAGUAAGAAAACAGAUUGACGAAUGAGCGGUUCAGUACAGUUGGUGUUGGUGAGCGCAGACUGGAACUGUUUUCACACAGAGUUGUGAAUAUACUUUUCUGGGCAUUUUCAGACAACCAGCUGCAUUUUGGUUUAAGUACUUAGAGUAGCAUGUUUAUUUUUGUAUGGGGGAAAGUGGAUUCAUAAGGCCCUUUUUUGCCUUUUCUAUGGUGUGAGCUUUGUGUAUAAAUGGUAAUAAAACUCCAGACUUCAAGUUUGUGCCCUGUUUGUAUCCAAUAAGAGCUCAGUAUUCAUUAUGGGGGCUCUAACACUGGACAGAGUAGUCAGUGGAGUGUUUUUGUUUUGCUCUGCUGGUCACAGAACAUUAUCAUUCAUCAGUGUGCAUGCCCACAAUGGUAUCAUUACAUAGGCAGUUAAGAGUUCUGGAUGUGAACUUCUCAUAAUAAUCAGUUUAUUUACUAUUAGUAAGGGUUGUUAACAUUGUUUACCUUUAACGUUUGCUAGUGGUGUUAUGUUGUUCUGAGACAUCCCUGAUAUGAUGAGUCAUUAUAAUAAAUCAGGCCGGUUUAACAACAUAACAUGAACACAGAAUUAGCCUGAUUGUUGCCUCAGCAGACUCUUGAUUGAACAUCACCCUCUCAUCUGCCUUGUCCCUAACAGGGCCAUUACAUACCCAUGUGGUCUCUCCUUGCAUAUUUAUUUUCUGUCCACAUCACCAACAGAUCACAGAUGUGACAAGAGUAAAGCAUGGUUAGUUGUGAAGUUGCAGGAUGACAACAUUUUGACUUUUUUUUUGCCUGAAAUAAAACAAAAUAAGUGAUUAGAACUGAUAAAUGUUUUAAUCCCCUAACUGACUCAUCAGCUGAUAGUUUCACCCGUACAUUGGAUGUUUCUUGUAAGUUGUGAUUGAAUCGGAAACGCUGUGUGAUCAGGCUCCUCACAUGCCCUUCUCUUCUUCGUGUCUGACCUUCCCAUGUGGCUUUGCUCGAUGUUCAUCACUGUACCUGUAGUGACAGACCCCCACCCCCUCCCCUACUCCUUAUAUCCCCAUCUGCUUGGUUAAAACAUGGCUGCCACUGAAAACUGCAACAGCCCAACCGUGUGUCUCCACCUCUGCUCCUCUCCUCUCCUGAUCGACGGGCUCAUCUCUGCCAUCUUGUUCUUCUGUUCUUGGUGGCCAAAACAAAACAAAA